GCUUAGCCACACAACUCAAUCAUCAAGUCCUCAUAUUCUCUCUACUACAAAAUAUUUUUGUGAACUCUAAUAGUAAUACUUCUUCUAAAGAGAAAAACACACAAAGGAAGAUCAACAUGGCAUUCGGAUUGACUGGCUUUGUUCAGGGUAAGAAGGCUCUUCGAAGAUCACUUUCAGGCAUCAAAGAAGCAACUUCGAAGUCUUCAACCAUUUCAAAAGGCUACUUUGCAGUCUAUGUUGGAGAAGAUCAGAAGAAGCGUCAUGUAGUACCUCUUUCGUAUCUAAAUGAGCCUUCAUUUCAAGACUUGCUAAGUAUGGCUGAAGAAGAAUUCGGAUAUGAUCAUCCAAUGGGCGGACUCACAAUUCCUUGCAGUGAAGACAUCUUUAAUGAUAUCACAUCUCAGUUGAACUGAUGAUGUAAUUUAUAGUACUGACAUAGCUAGAUUCACAGAAAACAAUUUUGUAGAUCACAUACUCUUACUCUUUUUCUUCAAAACUAGUAAAUAGAAAUGACUCAUUUAUUAAAA